AUGGCUGCCUACGAAACCCUCGAAUUUGAACAAUUGAAGACCUCUCCUUUGGGUCAAUGUAUCGAUCUCGCUUCUUCUGCUCUCGGAUCCACCAUCGUUGCUGUCACUGAUGAGUUCUUUGCUCCUGCCACCAACAUGAUCAAUCCCGCUCCUCCAAUUCAUGCUCCUGGUCGUUUCGUUGACACUGGUGCUUGGAUGGACGGUUGGGAGACCAAGCGUCACAACCCCAACUACGAUUGGGCUAUCAUCAAGCUCGGUUUCUCUGGUUCUUUCAAGGGUUUCGACAUUGAUACUCACUACUUCACUGGUAACCAAGCUCCCUUCGCUUCCGUUGAUGCCGCUGUUGUCCCUGUCGGUGCUGAUGCUCAAUCCGCUGAAAUCAAGUGGACUGAAAUCUUACCCAAGGUUGCAUUGCCUCCUACUCAACACAAUGUCUUUCUCUUGAAGGAAGAGACCGCUGUCUACACCCAUCUUCGCGUCAACAACAUUCCUGAUGGUGGUAUCGCUCGUUUCCGUGCUUACGGUAAUGUUUCUCCUAUCUGGCCUGAGGACAAGUCUGCCAUCGUUGAUCUCGCUUUCUGUGGCAACGGUGCUCGUGCUGUCGAGGUUUCCAACCAACAUUACACUCCUGGUUCCAACAUCUUGUUGCCUGGUCGCGGUCAAAACAUGGGUGAUGGUUGGGAAACCAAGCGUUCUCGUACUCCCGGACACACUGAUCACGUCCUCAUUCGUCUCGGUGAUAAGGGCCACCUCUUGAAGGCUGUCGUUGAUACCUCCAACUACUGUGGUAACUAUCCUCACAAGAUCAUCUUGAAGGCUACCAACUCUACCCAAGAGAUCCCUGAAGCUGAUGCUGAAUGGACCACUUUGAUCGAGCCCGCCUCCACUGGUCCUCAUGACCUCUUCUACUUUGACCUUCCCCACACUGACAAGGUCUUCUCUCAUGCCAAGAUCAUCAUUGUUCCUGAUGGUGGUCUCAAGCGUCUCCGUCUCUAUGGUGUCCGUGAGGGUGCUACUCUCCCUGCUCUCCCCAUUGAUGUUGGAAAUGCCGCUGCUCAGUAA